AUGACCAAGCGAACAAAGAAGGUCGGUGUUACCGGUAAAUACGGUACCCGCAUGUCGACACCGAUUCCCUUCCUCGCAUCCGUAACGACUCCUCCGCUGCCUGUGGCUCUCUUUAUGGUCCCGACAACUGUUUCAGAGGCAGGUGGUGGAUUUGGUUCGCACAAGCUAGCCCACAGAUACAGACAGAAAGUUCCACGAGUAGACCAAGGGCGGCACGAGGCAGGAUGGGACCUUAGAUAUGCAGUGACUGGGUAUAUUGAUACGACCGAUACUAACAUCAUGGUCUUUAGUUACGGUGCUUCCCUGCGAAAGCAGGUCAAGAAGAUGGAAGUUACCCAGCACGCCAAGUACACCUGCACUUUCUGCGGAAAGGUCACCGUCAAGCGACAGGCUACCGGCAUCUGGGAUUGCAAGUCUUGCAAGCGCACCGUUGCUGGUGGUGCUUACACCGUUGCGUUCGUACUCCCAACUCUAUCGAGUGAUGCAUGUCAGGAUGGACCACUAACCAGGAAUAGCACACCUGCUGCCGCCGCCAUGCGAUCGACUCUGCGACGUCUCCGAGAGAUUGCUGAGGUUUAA